AUGACCCCAACUCCUCCUUCGACAAACUCAUCUCAGGGAGCCCGGUCUCCCGAGGAACAGUUCCGUGUUGUGAGGAAGAGGAAUCGCGUGCCUCUAAGCUGCUAUCCUUGUAGGACGCGCAAGCUAAGUCAUCCUUGCAGCAACUGUACGAAGCGCGAGGGUAUGGGGACCACCUCAUGCUCUUAUGCCACGCCGGUUACACGCAAGAAGAAUCAAAGUCAAGGAGACUCGAGUCCUGAUGACAUGCAGAAUCGUAUUGACCGUUUAGAAGGCUUAGUUUUAUCCCUUAUGCACGGAGGUGCUAAUGUAGAUGCUGCAUCCGCCGCAGCCGCUGGAGCAGCGACAACACAAUCCACCACGGACAGCGGAUCUUCCGCCAAGGCUGGAAAAGGAGACGACAAUGCAAUGGCAUAUGAUGAGGAGGAAAACAGUGACGAAGAGGAGGGACUGGCCACGUCUUUGGGUUUUCUUAAAGUGGACACGGACAAAGGCAAGUCGCUGUAUGUUGGCCAGGAACAUUGGCAUACCCUCCUUGCCGAUAUAUCUGAGGUGAAAAACUACUUCACGUCUCACAAAAAGGAGUUAGAAACAAGUUAUGAGCGAGUCAAAUCUUCAAAGCCCAUGGCUGCAAGAGAGGGGCCGACACUCCUGCUAGGAGCACUCCCAGCUUCCGAAAUUGAAAUAAGAGCAGAGCUUCCCCCCAAAUCUGCUGUUCUGACGCUCUGCAGUCGAUAUUUCAACUCCAUGGAUAAUGCUGUCAAUAUCAUUCAUGGACCAACAUUUCAACAGCAGCUGAAAGAUCACUGGCAAGAUCCCAACAAGACACCCAUCAUGUGGCUUGUGGGCGACGAACCUCCUGAGUGGAGAGGGCGAACCCUUGAGCUUGCAAACGAAUACCGUUUACGCACGGUGCAAUGUCUGAUCAAAUCAGACUAUACAAAACCUAACGAAUAUACGGUUGAGACUAUGAUACUCUAUGUGUUUGGAGAAUAUUCGUCUCGAUGGGAUGCUGAUCUAGGAUUGUGGUUAAUCGUGUCUUUAAUUGUUCGAAUCGCGUAUCGAAUGGGUUACCACCGAGACGCUAAAUGGUUUCCGUCAAUUACACCAUUUCAAGCGGAAAUGAGACGGCGGACGUGGGCUCUCGUACGAAUGUCGGACGUUAUCUUCUCCCAUCAGGUUUCUCUGCCCAGCAUGAUCUACGAAAAUGAUUGCGACACCCAGCUGCCCAAUAACAUAUUUGACGAUGAGUUCAAUCCCAGCGUCAAGGAGCUGCCCCCUUCUCGGCCAUCCACUGUCGCUACUCCCAUCGCCUACAUGAUUGCCAAGUCAAGAUUAUGCUUUGAGUUGGGAAACAUCCUCCAGGCUACAGGGCAAGUUGGCAAGCAUGUGCCUUACGACGAGAUUAUUCGAUUCGAUGCCAAACUACGACAGAUCAUGCAAGAAUUACCGCCGCAUUUGAAGUUAACGACAUUAGAAGGGUCCCAUGAUCCAGUGACUCUGAUCAUUGCCAGGUUCAAUGUCGAUAUCUUAUACCAGAAGAUUCUAUGCUUGCUUCACCGAAAAUACCUUCCCAGGGCGAGGCAGAGCGCAAGAUAUGCACACUCUCGGAGGGCUGCAAUUGAAGCAUCAUUGACCGCGCUCGAUCAUCUGGCAGUAUUGUACCGAGAAUCACAAUCCAACGGGAGGCUGCGCUCAGUCAGUUGGUUUGUGAAGUCCAUCGCUACCAAAGACUUUACGUUGCCUGCAAUGCUGGUCAUUCUUGAUCUCCACUUUGACAACAUUGCCGCGCAGUCUUCAGUUCCCCAAGACGAUGAGGGUGCUUCAACUUGGAACGAUGACCAACGAUCCAAAAUGAUUGGCAGCUUAGAAACAGCGAGAGAAAUUUGGAACACACUUGCAGAUACCUCGAUGGAAGCAUUCAAGGCGGCCAAGGUCAUCGAUAUCAUGCUAGAUAAGAUCAAGGACCCUGCCUCGAUCGGUCCAGAAAUGCCGGGCGCUCCAUCGCCAAUGCCAGGUUUGACGCAAGGUGUUGGGACUGAUGUUUCGCCGGCUAUGGCGCCGGGUUUUGUCUCACCAAACAGCUUGCCCGAUUUCAAUGCGACGGCCAACCCUUUUUCGACGCCUAACCCGGCCGCCUUUAUGGGCAUGGACUUCGGCAUGCCUGGGUCUGAAGGACUUGAUUUUCAGACCGAUGGAUUCGCUGGGGCUGGUCCAGCUUCCCCUUUCUCCUCCAUGUUCAGUAACCUGGGAGCCAACACUAACGCUGGGAUGGAUAUGGGCGCGAACUUUGACUGGAAUGCCUUUGAAAACUAUACGCAGAUGGCCAACUGGGGAGCAGACCAGAGUUUUCAGAUAUACGGCGCUGGAGGAGACCAGUCAUCCCCGGGACAGACCUCUUCGUUGGGUGGUCGCAGUGGAAGUACGUCACAAGCGCCAGGACAAGGAGGUGGCAGAGAUGCGAAUAUGCAAUGA